CAUCAUCCAGCGCGGCGCACCGUCGCCACUACCGCCGUCGGCCAGCAAUAACCAUCGGAACGGCGAGAGUUUGACGGUGGCGAGACGGACGCAGUCUCCCGAAGGCUUGUGGGCCACUCCUACCUACUGCCGACGCUGGUCCUCCGAUCCUUAAAGGCGUCCAGUCGAAGCGGCGUGCCGAAAUGUCGGGAAUAGAAGAUCCGCAGGACGUGUCGGAACAAGAUGAUACUCAGGAAGAGACAACGGAAGAGGAGACUAGCAACAGAGAGGAAAUAGCAAGCUUAACAGAAGAAUCGAAUAGUCCAGAAUUAUUGGAAAGAUUGUCCACGAAGGAAUCCGAAAAAGAGGAGCGAGAAGAAGUUACGGAGAUUGUACAAGAAGAAGUCAAGGAAGAAGUUAAGGAGAAAGAACAAGAGGAAGUUAAGGAAGAAGUAGAAACGGAGGCAUCGAGUCGCGAAGAAACGCAAAAAGAAGAAACGUCGGAUUCAGAGCUGGCGGCCGUCACGAGAAGCGCGUCGUCGGACGACGGCGUGCCAGGUCCAGCGUUAGCCGCAGGACAGGCAGAAUCGAGCGAACCGAGGGUUGGGAUACCAUCGGCGACCAUCACCAACGACGGUAGCAGCGGACAGCAGUGUCGUCGCGUUGGCAGCGGUCCCGGCGUAGCAGUCGGUGAGUGGAAUUCAUUGCCGAUACUGGUAGAACGUCUGCGCGAGGCGCUCGAGCUGUCCCUGACGUCGGGUUGCCGACGAGACAGCGGCGACGAGCCGGCGGCGACGUCGCUCGCCGAAUCCGAGGGUAGCGGCCCCGAGCGUACCCGCGCGCGCCGUUCCUUGGAGCAGGCGUUGCUCGACAGCCACGAAGACGAGCCGAAGAAGGACGAACUCAAGUUCCUGGAGGAUCUGCUGCUGUCGGACAUCCAGACUGCGCUCUCGCGUUUGCGCGAGACCCUAGAACGCACGGACGUUGCCACGCUCGCCAAGCACGGUGGAGUGUCAGAUCCUACGAGCAAGCUUCAUCUCCUGCGACUAGUGUCCAGUUUGUUGUCGCGACUGCAAGUGCCGGAAGAAAAAGAGAAGGCGGAAACGGAGGGCGACGAGAACGGCAAGUCGAUUGGAGCGCAGAGUGGUAUUGCCGCGUUGCCCGAACGAAGGCGUCGCGCUGUCAGACAUACCAUCGGCGUCUCCGCCGAAGAAAUCGCGCAUGCAAGGAAGCAACUGGAGGAGAGCAGCGCCGAUCUAGCAAGACUAAACGACCAAGUAUCGGCUCGACGACGGGAAUCGUUGCUGCCCGCGUCACGUAACGCGACGAGUAACGAUAGACACGUGGAGGAGAUCCACGACAAGUACACAAAAGACGUGAUUAAUCAGCGACAGUCUUUGCGUGACAAGAACAAAGAUUCUCGUGAGGAUACCAGUGCAUAUCGCUCGCUGAUUCCGGCGCAGAUCGCUUACGCAGAUCGGCCGGACACGAUAAACGGUGAAUUGAAUCUGCAUCAGACUCGACGUCGGGGCAGCGUAGAUAGUUAUCAGGAAAAAGAGAGCGACGACGAAGAAACCGCAAUCAGAAAAGCGAGUGAGGAGCAGAGUCAAGUGACGAAACUUGCGGCAGUGCUUCGGCAACGCGCGGAAUUGAUCAGCGGAAACAAGUGCAACAACAACAACAAUAAUAAUAACAACAAAUUUACGGUAAAAAAGUCGAAAAUCAAGCGCGCAAACACCGUUGACAUACCAAGCUACCUGAAACUACAGGCCGAGAGACUCGACAAUCCCGGUUGCGUUCUACUACGACGUCCCAUCAACGUCAGCGACAAGAUCACCGCGAACACGUCUAAUCUUGCUAUACCAUCGUUCCAUCCCAAAACGGAGAACGAUAAAAAGUUCCUCGCCCUGAUCAACCGGAACAACGAGUCGCAGGCGUACAACGCCGCGCCCGGUUUCAUCAAGUCUUUCGGGUACACCAAAACGACAGAUAUGUCGUCAUUGACGAACGAGAACUGGAAUAGUCGGUUUUCGAACAUCAAGACCGCCUUCGAUAAACCGUCCCCCGCGAACGAGAUGGAAAAUAAACUGUCCCCUAAACCGCAAUCAGCAAAACGCUUCCCGAUCGCGCCUCCUCAGACAAUGAACAAGAAGACACCAAUCAGCGAUAAAGCGCACAAUGGUUUCCCAUUCGCGAACGUGUCGAAAGUGGACGCGGGCUUCAGACACGCACCCUCGUCGCUAUUUCGGAAGAUCGAGAAGACGCAGAGGCCAAAGUCUCCGCCUGGCUAUCACUAUCAGAGGGACAACGCGCCACCGCCCGGAAACACCUUACGCGAGAAGGCUAGGAUUAUGUUUGAUCGAGACAGCAACGUUUGUCAGUCGCAGCCUCCGGCGAGGUUCAACGCAAAGGAAGACUCCCAGAGAUCCUCCUUCCCGCGACCACCAUGGCUCGAGCAUACGGAUAGGCAGAUCGAGGGAAAGUCGAACAACACAGUCACCGAGAACGGACGGCUCGAUUAUCGGCUCUUCUGCAAGCAAUUCGCGCCCUUCGUCGGCAAGAACACCGGUAUUCCAGAAUCCAAGACAUCGCGAAACAAUGAGGAGUCCCGUUGCAAGCUCAACGAACACGUUGCGCCGUCAAGCGAGAAAGUCGGUGUAGUGGACGGAAAGAUUUCUUUUAGAAUGUAUCCCGAGAAAGAAUCGCAGUAUCGCCCGAACGAGCCGCGUCGUGUCGCGAUCGAGGAACGAACAGAUCGGGACAAGUUCGACCAUCGCAGCGAGAAGAAUACUUUCGAGCCAGUCGCGGUGCGCGACAAUAAGAACUCAACCGGAAAUGGAUUUACUGGAAAUGCGACGCUAAGAGGUAGCUCGUCUGUGGCUGUUCAGACGGGCGUCCAUGGCGAUCAUCAUCUGGAGGAGGCACGCGUGUUUCGGGUGAUUCCUAGAGUCUCAACUGGCCUGCCAUCCACGUGCAACAACGCGUCUGUCCAGACUUGUGACCAGCCUGAAAUAGAGUUCAAGGAACAAUGGGCAAUGCCUCAAUGCGAUGACACGAUAUUGGAUUCGAGAUAUCGUCCCGCUGAGGAUUCGAAGCAUUUCGUCCUGGAUCACAAUCGAAAUUAUCGUAUCAUAGUUGACGAUAUUCCAAAAAACAAAACUUUGCCGUUGGUGAACAAGAACGUGUACGAUAUCGUCGAGGAAGACACUGUUCGUACACCCGACCCGAUGGAGAAACUUCCUUUUCCAACAAUUUUUGGUUAUCAAUCGCCAGAACAACGCGAGCAAAUCUUCCACACAAAUCCGCAACAUGAAGAUAGUCUCUUGUCUAAACCAGUGAUGGAUAAUCGAUCGCGAAUACAAGAUUAUCCGCCUUACGUUGAAUCCAAUGUAGAGCCGUUCCAAGAGAAUCAAAUGCCGAACGUGACAUCGCGUGAGAUCGUCGAGGAAGAUUUCUCGUAUACGAACGGCGUUUUGCCAGAGGAACAGAAUAUCCAAAAUCAGGACAUCAGCGCGGACACGGGUGUUAUCACACGAUAUACCUGCGCGAUUGCAACCGUCGCAUCCACGGACAUUCCGGAGUUGCGAUCCGAGCCGGAAACUAGCACAACACCCACUCCUUCAUCGUCCUUGCAACUCCGAUCGCGUCCGAUCGACAACAAGAUCAUCACGACCGAGGAUGAGAUACGCCGGCACAAUAUGCUUCAACAAAGUCUGGUCCGUCGGCUGCAGAAUGAGCGUGUGAUGCUAAAUGAUGAUCAUCACGUGAAUCAGUCUGACAACUUUAAUCAAUCCAGCGAUUUUAAUCCGCUUCUGAAUACUUUUAAUCAGCCAAAAUGUCUCCCGCCCGAAGUGCCGAAAAAACUGGAAUUGCCGAGAAGAUUGGAGCCACCGAGAAGGUUGGAACCGCCAAGAAAAUUGGAAUCGUCGAAGAAGCCGGAAUUAUCAAAGAAACCAGAACCGAAGAGACCGAAAUAUCCACCGAUGGUCACCGGUGGUUUGUUGUCGGUAGCGCCGUCCUCAACAUUCGGUCCGACGAAUCGCGUCACCGCGCUUAGAGGACAGUACGAGCUGCCGAAACCGGAGACAGAGCGAAAGGAACGCUCGCCGAUUCCGAACGGCGCAAUGGAUCCGAGCGAUGAAUAUCUGGUAUCUUGCGCCAAUAAACCAUCCAGAUCCAUCGUCCUGUCCAAGUCCGAAUCGUGGCAUCAGCUGGCUCUCUCCAAAGGCUCGCCGCGUCCGUCGCAGAUCGACGGUUCACCGCAGCCUCUCAACCGAGGCGCGUCCUAUCUCCCGAAACCGCCGACAAAGCCAAAGUCGCCGUCGUCCUUCAAGAUGAAGAAGCAAUACGAGGCGUCCUCGUCCUCGAUCAACGUGAAGAGAAUGGAGGACAAGAUACGUAGGUACUUCGACAAUCCGACCACGAACGACAACACUGCGGAGAUGAGGGACUCGAAGAAUAGGCGUUUCUCGUCGCGCGAUUCGACGACGAAGGGUCCGAUCGCUCUGUCCAGGAGUCGCACCAUGCCAGGAAUAUCCGACGGGAGUCUGCGCUUGUUGAUUUCUGCGCCGCAAAUUCCCGCGAUAAAUCUCAACAGCGCUGAAGUGGACAAAGUGUUUGAUGACAUCUUUGAAGAGGCUACCAAAAACGACGAUCAUCGCUUCUGAUCGGCCCUUCCUCGUCCAUGUCGUGAAUCUUUCGCGUUAUGUACGUGAGAGAUUGAUUGCGACAAAAGUGACGUCCGUCCAAGACUUUUAAAUUCUUGAAGCAAGUCUGCGCCGCGCUGAACAUAUGAUGAUAAAGACAUUUGUACGAUCGCUGUUAAUCUUGCUCGCUGCAUAACGAUAUAGAUCGCUAAACUGUGAUUUUACCCAACUGACUGCUGUAAUUUUAGAUAACGCAUUGUGUCGUUUGUUAGUUAAUUCUAAUCAGACUAUUUAAAUUAGAAAUUUUACAUAGAUUGUUGUUGGUUGCUUAUUUUCUUCUGAAAGGAAAAUUUGUUCCCGUAAACAUAGAUUUGAAAUUAAUUAUGAUUUAACUAGACUUCUGUUUCCUUCCGAGUUUACUUUGAUCGAAUUAUUUAAUGAAAUUAAAAUAUUCUUUUCUUUUUAUAAAAAUAAAUUCAGUAUUAUCUGAGCGCAUUUUAUGUAAAAUGCGCCACGUAUUUUAUUAGAAUCUAUAAAUUAAAUCAUUUUUGAUAGUUAAUUGUAGAGAAAAAAGAUAAUUGAAGAGAAAGAUAAAGAAGCUGAAAGAGCAUAGUUUCGUUAGCGCGCGAUUAUAUGGGCUUAAUUCUAGACCUGAUUCUACGGUCUAAUUGACUGUACACACAUAAUUCUCUGUUUUCGCGGAAAUUACUCUACAUCUGACAUUUGAAGCUCUCUCUUCGCACGAUCAUCACGAGAUGAUGGACUUAACGCAGAUUAGAAGCCGUUUUUUCUGAAGAACAGGAAUGUGUUUCGUGAUGUAGAACUAUAUAGCUAGUUAUCUACGAAGAAGAAGCAUAUUUCGUGCGGAAUCGACACUCAUAAUAUGGUCUUCGUCCAUUACGAGAGACGGUAGUGCAGAUCGAUGCAACGACCAUCAUCAUACGCCGAUGUUAUCUUCUUCGUUCUUCUCGACCAAAAUAGUCUGACACGUGUGGAAAUAUCAGUGCGUCAAGAAACAAAGCUGUUGUACAAAGUCUUCUCUAACUAGCAAAAAAUAAAAAGAGAGAAAGUUAAAGAGA